ACCAAUAUGGCUGCACCCAGCGAGCUGCGGCACUGCUGGUGAGGGCUGGAGACGAGGCUCCUCCAAGUCCUUGCCCUGCACCCGCCUCGGCGAUGGCGCUCCGGGCGCGGCUCUGGGAGUUGCUGCCACUUUGCAGGAGCCCCGGGCGCGGGGGCGCAGCGCUGGCCUCCAGCGCCAGGCCGGCGGCGAAGCCUGCAGUGGACCCUCAGGAGAACGAAGCCGUGGCCCCCGCGUUCACCAACCGGAACCCCCGAAAUCUGGAGCUCUUAGCCGUGGCUCGGAAAGAGCGGGGCUGGGGGACCGUGUGGCCGUCCCGCGAGUUCUGGCACAGGCUGCGCGUCGUGAGAACUCAGCAUCAUGUAGAAGCCCUGGUUGAGCAUCGCAGUGGCCAGGUGGUGGUGUCGGCAUCCACCCGAGAGUGGGCGAUCAAGAAGCACCUGUAUAGCACUAGGAACGUGGUGGCUUGUGAGAGCGUGGGCCACGUGCUGGCGGGGCGCUGCCUAGAGGCAGGCAUCAACUUCAUGGCCUACCAGCCCACGCCGUGGGAGAGAGCGUCACACUCGUUGAAACGACUCCAGGAUGCCAUGACCGAAGGCGGCGUGGUGCUGAGGGAGCCCGGGAGGAUCUAUGAGUGACCCUACAGCAGGCCUGGGCACGAGUCAGUAGCACACAGCUGUGGCACCCCUCGGGCGAACAUCUGUAGCAAGAGUCUAACCGUGGAAUGUUACCUGUAAUUAAGAUUAUUUUAUUGUGUCUUUUUAAUGAUUCAGUUCUUCCCUCG